GUAAAAUUUUCUUUGUUCUUCAGGCUUCCAAGGUUGAGAACUCAUUCAUAAAUAGAAUUUGUAAGAGAGUUUUUUGUUAUCAGGAGCCCAUUCAAAAUGACUACAAACACCAUCGCGACUGGAAACACCAACAUGACUGAAGAAGCCUCGACGAAACAUGGAGGCUUUGGUUCAAGGGAACGAAAGAAAAGUAAGUAUUUGUGUGAUCCCUACACAAACAUUGGGGAUUUAAGGAAACAUAGAACUGAUUCAAAAGUUAAACAGGAGAGCCCAACCCAGCCAAUUGGAUCUAUAAAAAUGUCUGGUGUAACCGCUACUCAACCAACUGGGUCUACAACAAUGCCUAGUGUGACCCCUACCCAACCAAUAGGGUCUACAACAAUGCCUAGUGUGACCCCUACCCAACCAAUAGGGUCUACAACAAUGCCUAGUGUGACCCAUACCCAGCCAAUUGGAUUUAUAAAAAUGUCUGGUGUAACCGCUACUCAACCAACUGGGUCUACAACAAUGCCUAGUGUGACCCCUACCCAACCAAUAGGGUCUACAACAAUGCCUAGUGUGACCCCUACCCAACCAAUAGGGUCUACAACAAUGCCUAGUGUGACCCCUACCCAACCAAUAGGGUCUAUAUCAAUGCCUAGUGUGAUCCCUACCCAACCAGUUGUGUCUAUGGAAGUGCCUAGUGAGACACCUCCUUCCCUUGAGUUUAUGAAGCAAAGGUUGGAGAUGAUGGCAUCAACCAUGGAGAGUUCAGGACAUACACUUUCCCCCCGGAUGAGAGCCAAAUUGGAUGCUGGAAUUAAAAACCUUUUGGAAAGGGUGAACGCUAGGAUUAAUGUCUGAAUAAUGUCAUUGGAAGCUUUUAUUUUCAAAUUAAUCAUGGCAGUAGUUAAGUAUAUUAGAGUAGUCAUGGUUUGUAUUUUGCUCCUCAUUUCUGUGGUUGUAUUGAUGGACUUUCAUGUCCAUUCUUUGACUUUUGAACAAUUCAUUAGAAUGGCUCAAGGAUAUUUAUAAAUGAAUGUUAUUUGAUUCAAUAUCA